AGUGGGCUGGCGGCCCCGGGAGCCGGACAUUUGAGAGCGGUCCGCGACACAUCCCGUGCACUCAACGCAGCGCUAUCCUGAGGCGGCUGUACAAUCCUCGGCAGUGUCCUGAGACUGUAUGGUCACCUCCGCGGUCGCGCCCGCCCGGCCUUGGACUCUUCCAACUCCAGUCACUGCAGCCACUUCUUAUCUUUAUUUUUUGAAAACCCAGAAAAGUGACUUCUCUUCGUGGGAAAAAGGAAUAAGGUCCCGCUCUUGCGGCCCUCUUUUUGGGUUUGACAACCUCCUCCCACUCCUUUCCCCGACCCCGCCUCCCCGUGCAGGUUCCUCCCCGGGACCUUUCUCCACCCUCCUCCCCGCACCUAGCCGGCAGCCCGCAAACUUCCACCUGACGGUGCGGGGCGCUCGGGACCUGCGAGCACCUUGGACCUUUAACACCCGCUCGGGCCACAAGGAGUAGGCGAGGGCAACAGCGAAGGCGGCGACUGAAAUCCCCACCGGCCGGGGAGCUCAGGUGUCUGGCGUCUCAGCGCCACGGCGACAAUGACAGCUGACAAGGAGAAGAAAAGGAGUAGCUCGGAGAGGAGGAAGGAGAAGUCCCGGGAUGCCGCCAGGUGCCGGCGGAGCAAAGAGACCGAAGUCUUCUAUGAGCUGGCCCACGAGCUGCCCCUGCCGCACAGUGUGAGCUCCCACCUGGACAAGGCCUCCAUCAUGCGGCUGGCCAUCAGUUUCCUACGCACCCAUAAGCUCCUGUCCUCAGUUUGUUCUGAAAGUGAGUCUGAGCCUGAAGCUAACCAACAGAUGGACAACUUGUACCUGAAAGCCCUGGAGGGUUUCAUUGCCGUCGUGACCCAAGAUGGCGACAUGAUCUUUCUAUCGGAAAACAUCAGCAAGUUCAUGGGACUCACACAGGUGGAGCUCACAGGACACAGUAUCUUUGACUUCACUCAUCCCUGUGACCAUGAGGAGAUUCGUGAGAACCUGAGUCUCAAAAGUGGGUCUGGUUUCGGGAAGAAGAGCAAAGACACAUCCACAGAGCGGGACUUUUUCAUGAGGAUGAAGUGUACCGUCACCAGCAGAGGUCGGACCGUCAACCUCAAGUCAGCCACCUGGAAGGUCUUGCACUGCACUGGCCAGGUGAAGGUAUACAGCAGCUGCCCCCCUCAUGGCGGUCUCUGCAGCUACAAGGAGCCCCUCCUGUCCUGCCUCAUCCUCAUGUGCGAGCCCAUCCAACACCCGUCACACAUGGACAUCCCCUUGGACAGCAAGACCUUCCUCAGCCGCCACAGCAUGGACAUGAAGUUCACCUACUGUGACGACAGGAUCACAGAACUGGUUGGUUACCACCCCGAGGAGCUGCUUGGCCGCUCAGCCUAUGAGUUCUACCAUGCUCUGGACUCAGAGAACAUGACCAAAAGUCACCAGAACCUGUGCACCAAAGGGCAGGUGGUGAGCGGCCAAUACCGGAUGCUUGCGAAGCACGGGGGCUAUGUGUGGCUGGAGACCCAGGGGACAGUCAUCUACAACCCUCGGAACCUGCAGCCCCAGUGCAUCAUGUGUGUGAACUACGUCCUGAGUGAGAUCGAGAAGAAUGACGUGGUGUUCUCCAUGGACCAGACGGAAUCCCUGUUCAAGCCGCACCUGAUGGCCAUGAACAGCAUCUUUGACAGCAGCGGGGAGGUGGCAGUGUCCGACAAGAGUAACUGCCUGUUCACCAAGCUGAAGGAGGAGCCCGAGGAGCUGGCCCAGCUGGCACCCACUGCAGGAGAUGUCAUCGUUUCUCUGGAUUUCGAGAGCCAGAGCUUCCAGGGCUCCUCAUCCUACAGCAACACCCUCCUGCCCCCCGGCCAGCCGUGGCCCAGAGAGCCAAGGAGCCACAGCACCCAGAGCGAGGCCGGGAGCCUGCCCGCCUUCACCGUGCCACAAGUGGCAGCCUCCGGGAGCACCACCCCGAGUGCCACCAGCAGCAGCAGCUGCUCCACGCCCAGCAGCCCAGGAGACUAUUACACAUCCCUGAGUGACAAUCUGAAGAUUGAAGUCAUCGAGAAACUCUUCACCAUGGAUACAGAGGCAAAGGACCAGGGCAGCUCCCAGACGGACUUCAGUGAGCUGGACUUGGAGACCCUGGCCCCCUACAUCCCCAUGGACGGUGAAGACUUCCAGCUCAGUCCCAUCUGCCCCGAGGAGGGGCUGCUGCCGGAGAAACCGCAGGCCACCCCCCAGCACUGCUUCAGCACCAUGACGAACAUCUUCCAGCCACUGGCGCCCAUGGCCUCCCACAGUCCCUUCCUCCUGGACAAGUAUCAGCAGCUGGGAAGCAAGAAGAUCGAGCCUGAGCACCAGCCCAUGUCCUCCAUCUUCUUUGAUGGUGGGAGUAAGGGGUCGCUGCCACUGUGCUGUGGCCAAACCAGCACCCCUCUCUCCUCCAUGGGCGGCAGAUCCAAUACCCAGUGGCCCCCUGACCCGCCAUUACAUUUUGGGCCCACGAAGUGGCCUGCCACAGAUCAGCACACAGAGUCCUUGGGGCCAUCACCGUUGGGUGCCCCCAUCACCUCACCCCAUCUCUCCGUGUUCAAGAAAAGGUCUGCAAAGGGCUUUGGCCCCCAAGGCCCAGAUGUGAUGAGCCCAGCCAUGGUGGCCCUGGCCAACAAGCUGAAGCUGAAGCGACAGCGAGAGUAUGAGGAGCAAGCCUUCCAAGACAUGAGCGGGGGGGAUCCAACAGGUAGCAGCACUUCCCAUCAGGUGUGGAAAAGGGUGAAGAGCCUCAGGGCCCACGGGAACUGCCCUCUGAUGCCCGACAAACUGCUGAGUGCAAACCUCCCCAAUGAGGAGUUCACCCAAAAUCCCAUGAGGGGCCUCGGACAGCCUCUGAGACACCUGCCACCGCCACCAUCUGCCAUGAGCCCGGGGGAGAACGCCAAGAGUGGGUUCCCCCCACAGUGCUGCGCCCCUCCGUACCAGGACUACAGCCUGCCGUCCACUGCCAAGCUAUCAGGCAUGGCAAGUCGGCUGCUUGGGCCCUCCUUUGAGCCCUACCUGCUGCCCGAAUUGACCAGAUAUGACUGUGAGGUGAAUGUUCCUGUGCCAGGAAGCUCCACGCUCCUGCAAGGAGGGGACCUCCUCAGAGCCCUGGACCAGGCCACCUGAGCCAGGGCUCCCCUGGGCGGGCACCCCCCCGCGAACGCUGCCCUGCCGGCUUCACUCUCUACGUCUACUUUUGCAACUAGGUAUUUCUAACACCAACACACUUUUUACAAGAUGUACCUACUGGCAAACCUGCCCACGUCACCACGUAGUGGCCUUUUUCUAAAGAUGCUCACUUUAGUAGCUGUAUUUUCAAGAUACACGGUUUUACCUGCUGCGUUUUAUUCUGUCAAUGAACGUGUUCUUAAAUUUUGUAAGAUUUUUCUUUCCCCAACUUUGAUUACUUCUAAUUUAUAUUAUUCAUGGGUCCCUCUGUCUCGCUCUCUCACACACAGUAUCCAUACUAAUGAGUUUUGUGUUACGUCUGUUCUCUUGUCGGGAAAGCUUUGGCAACAACACCACCACCUUUUUUUAGUAAAACGAAGCCAAAGAGAAACAAAGUAAUUCUGCUAUCCAAGCUAGAUUUUCACAGCCUGUUCCUCUCAAAGCCCUUCUCCCUUCUUUCUUAAAGCAUCACCCUACGGUAAAUUUCCAUCUUUUUGCUCUUCUUAAGCCGAUUCUUAGCUCUAAUCUUGACACAACAUUUGGGAAAGAAGAGAAAUGUGAAGGGUGAACUCUGGCGUAAGUGCUUGUGAAGGUUGCACGAUGUGGCUUUCCCCCCCUCACUGUUUGGGGUUCUUCUCCCACAUUCGGUGGAUCUGUUUAUUAAUUAUUAUUCAAAAACAUAACUGAGGUUUUUUUUUAAGAGAAAACAUAUCAGGUUUAAUGUGUUUAUCAUAUAUAUGGGUACUUUGUAAUAUCUAAAAAUUUAGAAACAAAUGGAAUCCUGCUCAUGGAAUCACUUUAAGAUCUGUUUUGUAAGAUGUCCGUUCUCUCUCUCCUGGUGUUGCCGACACCACCGUCGUUUGGCACGCCCCUGGGCCUGUCCUAGCUCUGCUCAAGGUCUCACUGUUGGCUUUUUGCUUUGGGGAUAUGCCAUAGGCGUGACAAGCAAUCCAAGACAUGGAAUCAUGAAGUGUGGGAGCACUGCGAGCUGUCUUCUCAUGUUCUAUAUGUAUUAUGUAUGUAUGUAUGUAUGUAUAUUAUUAUUGCUGCCAAGAGGGUCUGACGGCAUGUUAUGGGGUGAGGAUGGGGUGAAUCUGAGGGAGGGGAAGUGCUUUAAUCUUUCUUCAGAUCUUGUUGCUAGCCCUUCAAGUGCACUGAGCUAUGGGACUCUAAAGGUCUUUCACAUGGCACAUUUGGGUAUUUCCAGAAUUACCAUGAAAUGGUUUCAGUGGGAAUUCAGGAAAGAAAGUGAGGAUUCAGAAAUGGUGCAGUGUUCCAGCCCACGGUCCUCCCAGCUUACCAGCCCGGAGCACAUGGAGCUGGCCUGAGAGAGGGUGCGGAGAGGGGGCAUAGCUGGUCCUGACCAGGCCCUCACCCCUUCCUCAGCCUGCUGUCAGGUGGCCCUGCCAGGAGCAGCAGGCAGACUUCCUGGUUGACCCCUAGCCUCAGGCCUUCCCCAAGGUCUGUCACCUGAAGUGACAUUCAGGUAGGAAGCACUGAAAAUCAAGUGUCUCAGAGCACUUUAUAACUCACUGGUUAAGAGGGACAAUACCUUUUGGUUUUUAAAUAGCAAUCACAUGGAGCUCUUCUGUCCUGGGUACAAGGAGGAAGUUUCUAGAAACACACACAAAGCACAGCGGGCCAAGAAUUUGGUAAAGCUGGAUGGACUUACUGCCAAAAACAUAGCAGAAGACCGAAGUUCAAAAGAAAUCUAGGAGAAAAACGACCUGGCCACUGCCUUGACCCAAUCACGCUGUAGCACCACCUCUCGGCCCCACACACGGUGGCAGAACUUGAAGGGUUACUGACGUGUCAACGCUGGUGUUUGAUUUCCUGUGUGUGUUGCCUCAGCAUUAAGGGCAUUUUUUACCCUUGCAGUUUUACUAAAAAACUCUGAAAAAAUAUUCCAAGCUUCAUAUUAACCUUAACCUAUCAGCGUAACGAGUUCAUGAACAUUACCGUAGUGUCAAACUCCUACUGACAACAAUACUAGAGGGGAGCUUAACCUUAUAAAGAAAUGUAUUUUGACACUGAUAUCUUAUUAAAGUGUUCUGAACCUAC